AUGGCCAUCACCCGCUACACCAUCACCACGGCCAACGCCGUCCACCACGUCCAAGUAACGCACAACAAAACCAUCAUCCUCAUCCGCGUCCCGCCCGCCAUCGUCCACGCAAAGCGUACCUACUGCUUCUGCGAGCAAGACCACUACGACCACACGAUGACGCUGCGCUGCCAGGGCCCGAAUGGCAAGAAUAAGGGGUGCCCCUUCAGCGGCUUCUUUCACAAAGAGCACGCGGCGUAUGAGCACAAGCAGCUAGGGACGCUGAGAGCGUUUGGGAUCAGAAUGAGGGAUAAUAUGUCCUUUUGCUCAGCGUGUCGGGAUGCGUAUGAUGCGAAGACGGAGGAGUUGAAGGAGGAGUUGAAGGGGGUGGGAUGGAAGGUGGAUAAGUAUAGGAGGUGUUUAGAGACGGUGGGGUUGAGAGAUUGGGAUGUGGAGGUUAAGGAGGAGGGUGAGGAUGAGGGAUACUAUGGGGGCUCAGAGAGGAGCUCAGAGGAGGACCUAGAGGGUGACUCAGAAUGGGAUUCGGAGGGGGACUUAGAUGAGGACUCGAAGGGGGACUCGGAGGGAACGUUGGACUCAGAGGGGACGAUGGAGGCAGAGAAUGUGCUGGAGCCGAAGAGAUUCGUUCAUGUAGGGGUUUUAUAA